UUUCAGUUUCGAUAAUGGCAGCAACUGUACUUACAGUUGCACUACCUGUUUCUUCAUCAAUUACUGAAAGAUUAAAAGAUGUUUCUUGUUUUUCUUCAGUUUCUUUCUCUUUUUCUUCUGUGUGGCUUUCAUUUCGCACAACUGAAGAGAGCUUGAGAAAUGCUUUCCAAAAUUUUGGCGAACUUGUAGAAGUGAACCUUGUAAUGGACAAAGUUGCAAACAGGCCCAGGGGCUUUGCUUUCCUCCGUUAUUCAGCAGAAGAAGAAUCUAAGAAAGCUAUUGAAGGCAUGCAUGGCAAGGUGUGUAUCUUGAUUAUUUUUAGUAAAGAAAUUAGAAAAGCAAAACUGUCGAUGAAAUGGUUAAAUAAUUGCAGUUUGUGCUCAAAAGCAAAAGAGAGAACUACUAUAAUAGAUUCUUCCACUAUUUAGAAAUUACCACUUGAUUUGAAGAUUCAUGUUGUUUGUUUGUAUAUUUCCAGUGUUGUUCAUCUAACAUUGAAGUUACGUUCCACUAUUUUGGACUUCCCAUAAUAUUUAGGAUAAGGAAGUAACCACAGGUCCACAAGCCUAUUUUAUCUCCAUACUUGCAGCAUCUACAAGAACAGUAGAACUUGAUUCUUGAACUACUGGGCUGUUUGGCACUAUGUAUGAUCUCUUGCAUGUAAUCCAUGAUCGUCAUUUUGUUGUUUGAGGUAUUCUAAUUGCCUUAGAAUAACAAGUAGGUGUGGGUGGUGGAAUAGCAGAAGUAAUAUUGGCUGAUAGAACAUACUUUGUAUUAAAGACUUUGGGUUUAAAAAUACCUCUUUUACCCCUUGUUACCAUGGAGUGUGAAUUAGCCAGUGAAGGAAUACCAGAAGCUGAAGUAUGUUCAGAAUUUGUUGUAGUGGAAGCAUCAGAUGACUUAACAAUGUUUGAAGGAUCAGUAGAUAAAGUAUCAAUGGAUGCAGCUGGUGAGGUUGAUGUUGCAGGUGUUGGUGCAGAAAUCUUGACAGAUGGAGCUGUAGAAGCAAUAUCAGUUGGUGCUGAAGAAUUUGCAAUGCCAGGAAGUAAUGUAUCUGAAGAUCUCAAUGGGAAGAAAGUCUCAUUAAAUACUACAUGUCUGGAGAUAUAUACUUUCCCUGUUUUAAUAUCUAAACAUCUGUAUCCUUUGUGCAUAGAACUGUAACCAAUAAAAACAAAGUGUACACUCCUUGGUUGGAGUUUAUGUGUAGUGUAAGGCCUUAUCCAUGGAAAGCAUGAUGAACCAAAGGAUCUGAAGAAGGAAUAAUCUGGUUUCUGACCAAACAACUUUUCAA